AUUAUGUUUGGAACUUUCUAUGGAUAUAUCACCAGAAGGCCAGAUAAACACAGAAAUACUUAUGAAAUUCUUAAAUCCCUGAGUGUCUACAUUCAUGACACAUUCGUGAUACAUACAAUCACCACUGUGGACUGGAACAUGACAAACACUCAAUGCUGAACAUGGACACAAACAAAACAGGAGGAAAUUCUGUUUUGUUAGCCUCUGGGAAAAAUGUAAAAAAUAUUCAUUUCACAGCGUCACCCAUUUAGCAUUGGGUGAGCCCCAAAUCGAAGCUAGGUCCAGAACCAACAUCUCUAUAAUUCACCUCUAAAGUUUAAAAUUCGCUUCUGUACCUCUACCAAGACGGCAGAUCAUCUCCCCCAUCCUCCUCGACUGAUUUAAGAAUUAAACAAUGAAGCAUAGGUUAUUUAUGGGGCAACUGAUGAAAAUUUCAAGCGUUGCUACAGGCACAAGUAUGGUCUGAUAAAACCCAAACUUCCAUCUUCAGCAUCCUCAGUCCUUGAUAAAAAGAGGUGGAGAACCAUUACAGGGGUAGGCGUGCUGCUGACAGGAGAACCUGCAUGGUUUAUGAGACUGAGAUGAGACGAGGCGAGAUCUGUUCAUCUAAACUCAUUAUGUCCAAGUUAAUGACUGGUUUAGAUAGUACAGUUUAUAAUGGGACUAAAUUACAGAGGAGGUUUUUAAAUGGGAGUAGAACUUUAGACUGGAACUAAACCCCUUCGUAGUCUUCAACAAUGUUCAUGUAAAGCGUUGCAUUGUUCUCCUUCUGUAUUGUACUACACUGGUGCUCCUCUACUGUUCCCUCCAUACAGUAUAAAGGAAUCUUAAGAAGGAAAAUGCUAUUAAUAGGCAGCGGGGCUCACACACCACGUUCCAAAAUGACUUUCCUAAUGCUUUGUACUGCGUGAGCCUCCCUCAGUGUCAUGUUUUUGUGUUAAUUACUACCCCGGAUGAAUAGAACAAAGGCAUGGUCUUUUCCCCACGCUGUUCAGCAUGGUGGUGAGGAGGGUGACACAGUUCAGUAGAGGGAAGGUCCUUGUGCUGAAUAGGGUCCUUGUAGGGCUUAGUAAAGUGAAGAGAACAGGCAGAAUGAAGACAUGCUUUGUCAGCGGCUUUGUGAGCUCCGUCUGUCUAUUGUGAUCCGGUCACAUGAGUGACACUGAACUUAUAUACAGAAUAUAUCCAUACAGUGUGUGGCUGGAAAUUCCUCUAUUACCUUCAUGCACAUCAUGAAUGUCUGGAAUUAAAGUACACUAUGGAGACUGAACAAUAUGACCGUAAUGCAUGUGUGUGAAAGAGAAACUUUUACUCUGUUAAAAGUGCAUGAACUACAAUUAAAUAACAAAAUAUGACGCAAUCGUUUGAAAAAGUGGCAUAAUGAGCAGAAAGCAGACAGAGGAGCCGGUGUGAGAAGGUUCAUGUCUUCUCUUUGAUUUUCAGCUUCUGAAAUCAGGAGCUUAUCGUGCAAAAAGAAAAAAAACAAAAACCUAAUCUCAUUCCACCUCCCUCACUGUCUCACUCAUUCUCAUUUCUGACCGCUUCUAAUCACACAAGCCGUUGAGAUUUAGAUGAUGACAUAAUCCGUGCUCCUCCCCUGGGUGCAUGGCAGCAGGGUCUCUUUAAAUCAAGUGCACUGGUGUGUAGGGUCAGUGCUCUAACUGGACACUCAGCCAUGUUCGUCCUGAGCUAGGACACAACAGCGUGCUUCACACAGCAUGAGCGAAGGCCAUCUAGAGAAGCUGUUACACGAAGGUACUUAUUAAAGCUGGAAAUAAGUCCCAGGACAGUGGAAUCGCAGAGAUGGAGGAGCUCCCUGUUCCUCAGAACAUCAAAAUCAGCAACAUCACUUGUGACUCUUUUAAGAUCUGCUGGGACAUGGAUUCCAGGGCCAAGGAGCGCAUCACACACUACUUUAUUGACCUUAACAAGAAAGAGAACAAGAACGCCAACAAGUUCAAGCACAAGGAUGUCCCCACCAAGCUGGUAGCCAAGGCAGUGCCUCUGCCCAUGACAGUGAGAGGCCACUGGUUUCUGAGCCCACGCACUGAGUACACUGUAGCAGUCCAAACAGCGUCCAAACAGAGUGACCGAGACUACGCUGUGUCCGAGUGGAGCGAGGUUGUGGAGUUCUGCACAGCCGAUUACUCCACAGUCCAUCUCACACAGCUGCUGGAGAAAGCCGAGGCUAUCGCGGGGAGAAUGCUGCCCUUCUCCGUCUUCUAUCGCAACCAGAACAAAGAGUACUUUGACCAUGCAAGGCAUGCGCAGAAAAACAAGAUGCUGCCAUUGGUGAAGGACAACAGCGGCAGCCACGGCUCACCCAUCAGUGGCAAGCUGGAAGGCAUCUUCUUCAGCUGUAACACCGAGUUCAAUACGGGUGCCCCACCGCAGGACUCGCCGUACGGCCGCUUCCGCUUCCAAGCGCCGGCCGAGGCUCUCUUCAACCACAACACUAACUUGUACUUUGCAGAUUUCUACUGCAUGUACACGGCUUACCACUACGUCAUCCUGGUGCUGGCACCAUGCGGCUCACCAGGCGAUGAAUUCUGCAAGCAGAGGCUCCCCUUGCUGGACAUCACCAACAACCGCUUCAUGACGUGCACCGAGGAUGAAGAAGGGCGGCUUUCCUUCCACCAUGCGCAGGACCUCAUCCUAGAGGUGAUUUAUACAGACCCCGUGGACUUGAGCCUGGGCACGGUGGCUGAGAUCAGUGGGCACCAGCUCAUGAGUCUGUCUACGAUCAACGCCAAGAAGGACCCCAGCUGCAAGACCUGUAACAUCAGCGUCGGUCGCUAAACCCCCGUUCAAGCGCCCCCUGCUGUUCAGUUCUGUUCUGUUCUACCUGUUUGUUCGAAGUCUUUUCUUUCCAAUAACUCUCUCCUUUGAUAACCCUGUAGGAGUCUCAAGGCUCCUCGAAAUGCAUGUGUCUCUCAAGCUUUUUACCAAACACUCAUCUCUUAUUGAGUAUAUUCGACCGUAGCUCUAUUUUUCUAUCCGUAUCCAGAGGCAUCAUUAGGACUAUCCUUGUGUUAAAAAAAAAGGGAUGCCUCAUUUGCUCCUUUAAUCCUUAUUGGCUGUGAAACCUUUUAGAGUUACAGUGCCAUAUUUUGCCAAAGGUGACAACAUAAAGUAGCAUCAAUCUGAUAAUGUAGCUGGAUAUAUACUGUACAACGAGGCUAUAUACUGUACGUGUGUAUUAAUAUUACACAGAUUUCGGAUCAUUCUAAAGAACAUUGUAGACGUCAAUAACGAAACGAUGACAUCAGCACUUCUUUCCUAGGCGUUCUGCAGUGUUUCAUGUUAUUUAUUCCGAUCUAAAAACCUACUAUACUGUGUCUGACACUUAAUAAACAUUGCCAAGUAGUAGAAAUAGAAAAAUAUUUAUUUUUUAACCAGUGUAUAGAAAACGGAACGGACCAGAAGUGCACGAUACCAAGGACUUUGGGACAGGAAAUGGAUGCACAUGAGAGCAAGAAAGAAAUUUCUCAAAAAAAUUAAAUUUGCACAAAUCUACCGCAUAAAAACAAUGCAAAAUUAACAUGCACUAAAAUCUAUUGUUCAAACAACGAAAUAGUCAUGGUGGCUGUGUACGUCAAAAAUUCCAUCUGGGAACACAGCUAACACAUGACACCGAACAAACCACACAUGAUUGUAGAAGACGGCUCCAUGUCGGCCUGGCAUGCAAGACACAAACACCAUUGUUUAAUAUAAGUUGUUGUGGCUGAAACGGCAAAGCAGGGUUGGUAUAAUCUGUAGAGGUUGUUAAUUGUUUGGGGGUUUUUUUCUUAUUUUUCUGAGUGUGUUAAACUUUCUGACCAUAAAAAGGACCAUUGUGCUUCAUGGUAAAGUGGUAAAGCAUAGUCAAAUUUCUUAUACCUUUAUAUAUAUUUUUUCUUUGAAUCUUGUCAUUGUCAUUUUGCCCUUCCUUUAAGAGGCUUCUUAAUGUGUCACAGUUCACUUCUUUGUAAAAAAAAAAAAUGAAAAAGAAAAGUGUAA